AUGCAACUUUAUGGUACCAUUCCUCCACACCUUGGAAACCUCUCAUUUAUUUCAUCAGUUGACAUCAGUAACAACACUUUCCAUGGAGAUUUGCCAGUAGAGUUGGCUCAUUUGCACAGGUUGAAAUUCAUUAAUGCCAAAAACAAUAACUUUACCGGAGCCAUUCCAUCAUUUUUAAGUUUGUUACCAAACCUACGCUCUUUGUACCUAUCGAAUAACCAAUUUUCGGGGAAAAUUCCAACUUCCCUUUCCAAUCUAACAAAACUGGAAGUGUUGCAAUUACAGAGCAAUUUUCUUGAAGGAGAGAUCCCUCGAGAAAUUGGUGAUCUUCGUUACUUGACUGUCCUAGACCUGCAACUUAGUCAGCUUACUGGCUCUAUACCACCAUCAAUCUUUAACAUUACUACAAUGCAAGUGAUUGCUCUUAGCGGCAACAAUCUUACUGGAAAGCUUCCAAUAACUAUAUGUGAUCAUCUUCCAGACUUGGAAGGACUUUACCUCGGUAGAAACUCCCUAGAAGGAGUUAUUCCACCAAACCUGGAGGAAUGCAGAAAGCUUCAACAAUUGGUAUUGUCAUUCAAUGAGUUUGCUGGAACUGUACCAAGAGAGCUUGCCAACUUAACAGAUCUUACAAAAUUAGCCAUGACAGCUCUGCAUUUGGAAGGUAGUGUAAAAUUUUCUUCCUUCUCUUUUCCCCCAAGCUUGUACUCAUAUAUUUCCCGAAAAUUGACAGGAGAGAUACCAAUGGAGCUAGGUAAUCUUAAGAAACUUCAAGCAUUGGGAUUAUCACAGAAUGAGCUUACAGGCUCUAUCCCUGACAUCAUUUUCAACAUGUCAGCACUGCAGAUUAUAGAUUUUGGACUAAACAAGCUUUCAGGUACUCUACCUUCAGAUUUAGGUCGUGGAAUUCCCAAUAUAGAAGAACUCUUUUGUGGAGGAAAUAAUCUGAGUGGUUUUAUCUCUGCUUCAAUCUCAAAUUCUUCAAGACUCACAAUGUUAGACCUCUCCAACAACAGUUUCACAGGUCUCAUUCCUAAAUCACUUGGUAACUUAGAAUACCUUGAGGUUCUGAACUUGUGGGGGAAUAAUUUUGUCAGCGAUUCAACAUUGAGCUUCCUUGCAUCAUUGACAAACUGUAGGAAUCUAAGAUUACUCACGUUAUCUGGUAAUCCGUUGGAUGGUGUUUUGCCUGCAUCUGUUGGCAAUUUCUCCAACGCCUUGCAAACUUUUGAAGUACAAGGUUGUAAAUUGAAGGGCGUCAUUCCACAAGAAAUCGGUAAUCUUACUGAAGUGACAAGGAUGAUUCUGGUUAACAAUGAGUUAACUGGACAUAUUCCAAAUACUGUGCAUGGCAUGUCGAUCCUUCAAGAACUUUACCUAUAUGACAACAAGAUAGAAGGAACCAUACCAGAUGUUAUUUGCAACUUAAAGAAUCUAGGUGCAUUAGUAUUGUCAGAAAACCAUUUUUCUGGUUCAGUGCCCUCAUGCUUAGAUUACCUUCAAGCUUAG